ACUGUCUCUGUAGAUUCGUUACACUGGACAUGCAUUCUGACUUCCUUUGUCCUUCCAGGAAAUUCUGAAGCAAGUGACCGUGCUGAACUUAGAUACUGGGGAACGAAUACCUCUUAGUGAUGCGGAAAGUUGUCUCCCGCCUGCCCUCAACCCGCUCUCUCUGCACAUUAUGAGACUUACCAGCGAAUACGUCAGUAACUCUAAUGUGGAUGGACAAGAAUCGGACGAAGAGAGUGUGACAGAUGUUAUCGCAAAGAAGCUGCCAGAAAUCGAUAGUUCAGCAGUGAAGAAGAAAACAUCUCAGCUGAAGAAAUUCCUUGGUCGCAAAAUGGAGUCAGCUGUAAACAAGGCCAAGUCUCUAGCACAUGAGGUUUCCCACAGACACAGAGAGGAGAAAGACGUGUUUGAAGAUGAUGCCCCAGCUCAUGAUACUAUGCAAUAUGUUAAGAUCAAAACUGCUCACAGCCACAAGGGACCCCAUGAGUUUGACAACCUGAUGUAUGUCCAGGAAAUAACAGGGGAGCACACAGGCCCUAUCUGGUGCAUGAAAUUCAGUGGUUGUGGCCGAUUACUUGCUACUGCUGGGCAGGAUCAUGUGCUGAGGGUAUGGGUACUGAAGCAGGCCUUCAAUUACUUCCUUGACAUUAGGACAAAGUGUAAUGCUGAUAUCAAGGUAUCUCCAACACCGUCCCAAGAAUCAUUGGUGUCUCAGCACUCUGGCCAGUCAGGGGAAGACCUCGGCUCUCUUGACCCCAACGACGAUGGCAGUGCUCCCUUCAUGCCCAAACCGUUCUGUGUUUACACUGGCCACACUGCAGACAUGCUCGACAUAUCAUGGUCCAAGAAUUACUUUUUAUUGACUUCAUCAAUGGACAAAACUGUUCGUCUGUGGCACAUAAGUCGGAAGGAGUGUUUAUGCAUCUUCCAGCAUAUGGAUUUUGUCACAGCAAUAACUUUUCAUCCUAAGGAUGACCGCUACUUCAUAUCUGGUGCCCUAGACGGAAAGCUACGACUUUGGAGUAUCCCCGACAAGAGAGUAGUGUUGUGGAACGAGGUGGGAGGCCAACCAAACCUGAUUACAGCGGCAAACUUCUGCCAGAAUGGUAAAUUUACUGUCGUAGGAACAUAUGAUGGAAGAUGUAUAUUCUAUGAGACAGAGCAACUGAAGUACUUCACACAGAUCAAUGUCAGAUCAACAAGAGGAAAGAAUGCCAAAGGAAGAAAAAUAACUGGCAUUGAACCUUUACCAGGCGAAGAUAAGGUGCUGAUAACGAGCAACGACAGUAGAAUACGAUUAUACGACUUGCGUGAUUUGAACCUGUCAUGCAAAUACAAAGGCUACUCCAAUAUGUCUAGUCAGAUCCGUGCAGGAUUCAGUCAUGAUGGCAAGUUUAUAGUAGCUGGAAGUGAAAAUCAAUGUAUCUACAUCUGGAAGACUCAUCAUGACUACUCCAAAUUCUCAUCUGCAAGAAGAGACCGAAACCUGUACUGGGAAGGAGUCAAAGCUCACAGUGCUGUUGUUACUUGUGCAGUGUUUGCACCUCACCCAGAACUGGUAUUCAGCUUCAUUGAACAACAGCAGGAGAUUCUCAGCAAAUCAGGAGAGCAAGAGCAGCAGCAGCAUCCACAGCAGCAGCAGCCACACCAAACGAGUCAGAAUAAGGAUAGUGGGACAACCAACAAGGGAUAUGUACUGGUAUCUGCAGACUUCAAUGGCUGUAUCAAAGUAUUUUUGAAGAAAGAAAAACCCAAGCACUCAUCAUUACCAGCAUCAGCUUUAGUGUAGAAUAAGUAGGGAGAUCUUUAGAAGUUUUGCAUUGGACGAGGUUAUAUUGUAACAGCACUAGAAGGUGUGGAUGGUAAAAAAAAACACCCUACUGUGUUUAUAAAAUGGCAGAAAAACUUACUAUACCCAAGUUUAUCAGGAGAAUAUUUAAAAACUGUUUUCUCAUAUUAUGCUAAUAAAUGUACCUUGAGUAUAAGUUUUUUUUCUGCCACUAGGAAGCAUAAUAAUGGGCAUGAAUCCAUUACACCAUGUCCCAUUGCUGUGGUGCAUUACAUGUUCCAUUUUAGAGCAGAGGAAUUUGAUCACAGUUGUGUGAUUGAAAAUGCUUUGGAUGGAUGGAAAUUUUUGGAAUAAUUUUUUUCUUUCUUUUCCUCAGAUGUUUUGAUCACAGGGCAGUGAUGAUAAUUAUGCACAUUUAUUAUGUUUCACAAGUACUGUAGUCUGAAAUUAUUUUGUAAUGUAAUGAGACUAUAUCCAAGAUUAUAUCAAUAUUCUAUAUCUAUAUCCUUCAAGGAAGAGUGAAGGGAUGAGUGCAUCACGGUGAGUGUGUGGCAAGAUUAAUACAAAACCUUGUACUUCAUUAUUAUUACAGUUAAUGGUUGUUAUUAAUGAUUCUUUCCUUUAAUUAUCAUUUUGUAUUUGUAUUUCUAGUGCUGUUAUUAUUAUUAUUGUCAUCAUCAUAAUCAUAGCUAUCAAUUCUCUUAUAAAUGUGUCAUAUUUAUGAUUAUUCUUAUUUUCUUAUGUAAAUGAGUAGGGGUAAUUACUGUGAAUUGAAUGAUUAGGGAGACUUGAUAAUGAAUAAUAGAUAUUUAUCUCCGCUUUUUGGGGAGGGGACGGGUUGAAAUUAUUGUACAUUGUCGAGUGGAAAGGAUAUAAUUAUUUAUCCAUUGGCACAGGGUAUAUGCACUGUCCACUGUAAUUUUAUAUCAAGUUUGUUUACACAUAGAUGGGCUUCACAAGUGCUAGUUACCAAGUAGUCGGUUCGUGAGUCCACAUGGCCUUACCUUUUUACCCCAUUCCUCGAUUUUUGGGGAAAAAACGUUUUUAUUUCUAAUACUAUUAUUGUUGUUAGCAUUAUUACUAUUAUUACAUUAUCAACAGUACUAAUAGUAAUAAAAACAAACUUUUCUUUAUGACAAUUCAUGGAAUAAGGUAAACAGGUGAGAUCAGAUAGUCUUAGUAAUGGACGGAUUCCUUGUUAACGUAAUACUGUGGAGCCAUCAGAGUGUAAGCAAAAUUUAUGGACUGAAGUCAUGGGGAACAGGGCAUGUACCCUCCAGAUAGCAACUAUUUCAUUAAAAAUAUUAGAGACCUUAAAGGUAUUCAUAUCAGAAAAGCACAACAGAAUAUUUUACAUUUUUUUUUUUAAGUCUUUUUGUCUUCUGUUUAGGGUUUUGUGUGGUACACAAGCCCAUGUUGUAUGUAUGUAUGGAUGCAUCUGCUCUGUGCAUAAAAAAUGUAUAUGUGUGUAAAUAUGUAUGUAUGUACUUCAAGUAAUGUGUGUGGGUUUAAAUGCAGUGUGCUUGCAUUUGGAUGCAUGCUUAUAUAUGUGUGCUUUGUAUGUUAGUGUAAGAGAUUAUAGAAUGAACAGGUUAUUGUCGAGUAAAAGGUAAUGUAAAAUUAAUAAAAAUGUAAUUGUGUAUAUUAAAAGAUUCCUUCUACAUUACGAGCAAAGAAAAAUAAGUUGCAUGAAGCUCCUCGGAUAUGUACGAGAUGAAAUCUGAUAAUUUUAUUUAUUUGUUUAUUAUAGUGACAAUAAACCCUCAUUCAAGAAUGGAAUGUAAUAUUAAAAUCCUUAUACUAGUCCAAAGUAUAGCUCUGCUUUUACAUAGUUAUUGAGAAUGGAAAUGUAAUAUGUAAGGAAGACAUUCUAGGUCCUGCCCCAUGUAAUGUAAAUCUAUUUUCUGUUUACUUUGCUAACCUUGAUGGUAAUAAAUUUUCAAAAAUUACAUAUACCAUAGGGCUGUCUACUGCCAGUACACUUAAAAGUUAUCAUACAUUUCUAGAGUUUAAAGUUUUUAUACCAGGAAAAGAAAUAUUUUUUAAGAGAUUAGUUUUAUGGAUUUUCUUUUCCUUUUUUUUUCUUUUUUAGCUUUGGUGUUGCUGAUAGCUGAAAAAUGAUCCGAUACUAGAGCUGAAAAAUCACGUUUGAUGUAUCGAAGUUUUUAGUGCUAAGUGUGGUAAUAGUCCCUGGCCUAUGCUAGUAGGGUAAGGAAAAUAUGCUCAGUAGUGUAUGGAUGAAAAUGUUUUCUGUAAAACCGUGAGAAAAUGUUAAUAUAUCAGUAUACAAAUCUGAUAAUCUUGUAAAAAAAUACUUCAAGAUCUAUUAAUUGUCACUUGAACUGUACAUGUCAAAUGUUUUGUUGCAUAAGGGUAAUAAGUUGUAUCUAUAUUCAUUUUUCUCAUCUCUUGGUAUCUAUUAAUUAUAUGAUUUGCUACUGUCAUUCUCAUAUACUAAUUCAUAAAUCGGUAGUUAGAUAGGUAGGUGGGCAGUAUAAAGUGAAUCAUACAGCGUUAAUUAUAUAGAUAGUAACAGGUAGAAUGAUAGGUUAUUCAUCAGAUGUAGAUGAGUAGAUAGUUAUCAGGUAUAGAGGAACAUACAGGUAGAUUAGUAAAUUAAAUAAUUUUUUGAGGCCUCUUUAGCUUGUUAUGUUUGUUAAUGUUCGAUUUAGUUUCCUUUUUUUUUCACAAUAUAUGAGCAUGAUUGUAGUAAUGAAAAAAAAAAAAGCUUUGUGAAGAGAGAUAAUGACACCUCUCUGAUGUAUUUGCCUCUUAAAUAGUCAUUUUAAAUCAUAUGUUAAAUCUCAAGAAUGGUGUACUUUUACUUUCUUCUUGUUAUGAAAGUGUAGUAAGAAAUUUGUGCAUACUGCUGUCUCAAUAUUAUAAAUGGUAUUUUCUUAAUAUAUGCAAAAUACUUUUACCAGGAUUUGAUUGGAGAGCAGAAGAAAAUCCGGAAAGUAUAGUGUGUGGAGUUUUCCUAUUCUUUAGCCGUAUAUGCUACAUUAAUUCAGGAUAGAAAGGUAUACUUUCAUUGGAGCAUUGUACCUCUGCUUUAUUUCCUUGUCAUAUUUAUACUGUACUGAUGUUCUUUCUUAAAAAAAAAAAAAAUUCAAGUCAUUAGUUUUGUAAGUACUAGGUAAGGAAAUACCACAUUACUAUUUUGUCUUCUUAUUUUGUAAGGCAAUUUGUUAGGACCAUAAUCAUUCUUAACUGCAUGUUAAAAAGUUUGUUGAAUGAAUUUCAAAGAAUAUAGAAGCUGAACAUUACUUUUUCGUACUUUGAAAGUAAGCUAUAGACUGUGAGUAUGAAACAAGUUCAUAAUUUGAUUGUGCUCUCAUGCAGUGCACUCAAGAGCACCAAGCAUGUAUGUAAGACUUCACAGACAAGGCAUAUCAUUUACUGCUUCUUGUUGAGGAACCAAGUAUUGUUUAGUACAAGCGAUAUGAAAACCUGUUGAGAAAUAAAAGUUUCUAUGCUUCGUGCAUAGGAAAGAAUAAGAUAUCUAUUGUGUA